AUGGGGCGCCUGAGCGUGUCCCUGGUGAUUCUGUGCGCCAUAUCAGGUGCAGCGGCGCUCAAGGAGAGCUCCACAUAUCGUAUGGCAACGGAGUCACCCGAAGAUACCCCCUGGCAGGUCCUUUGCGACGACCUCGCCUCCAGCGGCCGCUCGCCCUCCCUGCGCAUCCGCGGCACCGAUCCUUCUGGUGCGUCGUUCACGACUGCCUACCGCCUCGCCAGCUGCCGCGGCGCCGCGCCGCUGUGGAGCGCGCACGUCACCAUCCAUGCCUGCGAUCACUGCAACCUUUCAGCGCUGCGCUCCGAGAUGCAGGGUCUGAGCGUGGCAUUUGACCAGGACGGCACCUCGUUUGAUCGCCUGCGGGUAACCAAGGCCGGCCGACCCUCGCCGCCGCUGUCCGCCGCCGCGCGCGCGGUGUGCGUGGAGGCGGCGCGCGCGGUCGCCGCCCGGCAUGGCGCCCGGAAGGCCGCAGCCACCGCGGCGCAGGCGGUGCAGCGGCAGCUGCUGCAGACGACGGGGCUGUCUGCUGGCGACGACCAGUCAGCGCGCGUCUGCAGCCCCUCUGACACAGUCAACUUUGACGUCACCUUGACGCGCGGCAGCGACGUCGUGGGUUCCCCCAACGUCGACCUCCCCGACGGUUUGACCCAGUCAAACUAUGCGGUGCAGGCAGACAAUCACAUCGUGUUCCUGGACAUCCCUGUGGGUGUUUACGAGAUCAAGAUCUGGGAGCUUGCGCAGCAUUGCCUGCCCUCGGGCGAAGCUGACACCGAUGCCGGGGGUAUGGCGAACACGAGUGUCGUCCUGUCUGUGCUGCAGGUCGGCAUCACCAGCAUCAAGAGCGCAGAGGGUGGCCCCACCCUCUACUUCAACGCAACCUCGGACGACCUGCCGUCCGAGGCAGCGCCGGCGUUCAGGAUCUUGCGCCUGGCGUUGUCCGACAACCUGACGUCCGAUGAUGUCACCUUCAUGAACGCCACCGUCACCCCCGCGUGCGAGUUUGUCAGCGCUGACGGGGCGGACGUUCUUUACAACUGCAGCAUCGCAUCCAGCGCGCAGGAUUUGACGUGGGACGUGCUCGGCAGGCCGGAUGAGGACGCGUGCAAGAAGACUGCCACGGUGGAGACGCGCGCAAUGGACCUGGGUGUCAGUGUGCCGGCCACUUUGGCACCCGCCGCGCCGCUGUGCAACGCGCAGCUGUCCUGGACCACCCAGCUUCCGGCCAGCUUCAGCGUCAACCCCGCGUCCGGCUUCACCGUCGCGCUCGCUGAUGUCAGCGUCAACGGCACCGCGUGCGGGGUCAACAUGGAGCAGGGGCGCAUCGACUGCUUGAUUCCAGUGGGAGUCACGGCGGUCGAGGUCACCGUGACCAAGAAUGGCUUCAGUGCGAGCAACGUCACCGUCUUCAAUGCCCCGCACGUCAGCUACUCGCUCGGCGGUUUUGCUCGCGAGAGCUCCAUUGUGAUCGAGUCCGGCCUGGUGGGGCAGGCCGUGAUUGAUGUGUACGUCAGUGGCGGGCUGACGCAGGAUGACGUCACCUCUAGCUAUGACGGCUGCGCCUUCAACAGCAGUGGUGCAGAGGGCGCCCUCACCUAUGUGUGCAGCAACCUGCAGAUCGGCAACACAGAGAUCACAUUCUCGGCCAACAAGGACGGUUGCCCUGUGAGCGACACUGUGGCAGUGUCUGUUGAGCUCCAGAUGUCGGCCGGCCCGGACCAGUCCGUGCGCACCUGCGACCCGUCCACCACCUUUGCCUUCAACGUCACCGUGGCGCGCGGCAGCGCCGCCGUGGGCCCCCUCAAGGUCAACCUGCCUGAGGGUUUGACCGAGUCAAACUACUUUGGCCCCGUUGCCUUGGACGAGGGACGCGAGCUGAUCAUGUUCCAGGACAUCCCAGUGGGCUCUCACGAGAUUCAAAUCUGGGCGGACACGGCGAAAGGCAACGUCAGCGACUCGGUGGUGCUGUCGGUCCAGCAGACCGGCACCAUCACCAUCGAGGGGGCCGACGGGACCCUCCUACACUACGCCGCAACCUCGGACAACCUGCCGUCGCCGCUCAACCCGGUGGCUACCGACUUGCGUGUGGUGAUGACCGGCAGCCUGACACCCGAUGACGUCAGCUUCCUGAACGCGUCUUCCAGCCCCGAGUGCGUCUUUGUCAGUGCGGAGGGCGCCGACCUGCGCUACCGCUGCAGCCUCACCUCCAGCCAUCAGACGCUGGCGUGGGGCGUGCUUGGCGGCGCGAGGGGAGCGUGCACCAAGACCGCCACGGUGGAGACGCGCGCGAUGGACCUCCGCGUGAGCCUGCCGGCCACCUUGGCGCCCGCCACGCCGCUGUGCAACGCACAAACGGUGUGGGCAACCCAGCUUCCGGCCAGCUUCAGCGUCAACCCCGCAUCCGGCUUCAGCGUUGCGCUCGCUGAUGUCAGCGUCAACGGCAGCGCGUGCGUGGUCAACGCGGAGCAGGGGCGCAUUGACUGCGUGGUCCCCGCCGGCAACACACUAGUCGAGGUCACCGCGACCAAGAACGGCUUCACGGCUAAAAACACCACCGUCUUCAGCGUGCCGCACGUCAGCUACUCCCUCAGCGCCGCGGCCCGCCAGAGCUCCAUCGUGAUUGGGUCCGGCCUGGUGGGGCAGGCCGUGGUGGACGUCCAAAUCGCAGGCGGGCUGACCCGUGAUGACGUCAUCCCUAGCCGCGGCGGCUGCGCCUUCAACGGCAGCAGUGUGGAGGGCACUCUCACAUACGUGUGCAGGGACCUGCCAAUCGGGAGCACAGAUAUCACAUUCUCUGCCAACAAGACAGGCUGCGCUGUGGCCGCCGUCGUGUCAGUGUCUGUCGAGCUGCAGAUGUCAGCCGGCCCGGACCAGUCCGUGCGCACCUGCGACCCGUCCACCACCUUUGCCUUCAACGUCUCUGUGGCGCGCGGCAGCACCGCUGUGGGCCCCCUCAAGGUCAACCUGCCUGAGGGUUUGACCAAGUCAAACUACGACGGUCCCUUCAAUGCGUCUGCGGGGCAGGAGCUGAUCAUGUUCAAAGACAUCCCAGUGGGCUCUCACGAGAUCCAGAUCUGGGGUGCGCAGCCGCGGACGGAUUGA